AUGAAAUCAGCUUUAUACUAUGCUAGAUUUGUUUUAUUCAUCAUUUUACUGAUGAUCUCUGCGUUAUAUGGUGCAAUUGUUUCUGUAAUUUGCACACUUGUCAACAAACAAGAGUACUCACAAUAUCUAUGUGCUAGAUUUUUUUAUUUUGUAAUGAAGAACUUUUUUGGUAUUGAUGUCAAGGUCAUUAACGAACAAUAUAUAUCAAACCUACCAUACAUUGUUGUCUCCAAUCAUCAAAGUACCUUGGAUAUUUUGAUGUUAGGUAGAAUGUUUCCGCCUGGAUGCACGGUUACUGCCAAGAAAUCUUUGAAAUGGAUUCCAUUUUUAGGUUGGUUCAUGUCAUUAAGUGGAACUUACUUUCUAGAGAGAACUAAUAGAGAAAAGAGUGUCGCCACUUUAAACCGUGGUCUACAAGCCGUUAAAGAUGAAAAGAAAGCUUUGUGGAUUUUCCCAGAAGGCACAAGAUCUUACACAACUGAUUUAGAGAUCUUACCAUUCAAGAAAGGCGCAUUCCACUUGGCUCAACAAGGGAAAAUUCCAAUUUUACCAGUUGUUGUCUCGAAUACGUCUACAUUGAUGAAUCCAAAGAACGGUGUAUUUAACAGAGGUUGCAUCACUGUUAAAGUCUUGGAACCUAUAUCAACGGAAAACUUGAAACCUGAAGAUGUCGGUACCUUCUCUGAAAAAAUUCGUGAAAAGAUGUUAAAGGAAUUAAAGGAAAAUGUUGGCUAUUCCGAAUACAUUAAUGAUACCAAUAUUCCUGCAACUAUUGACAAUAAGAAGCAUAGCUAA